ACAAACCCUACCGAAUUUGUUUCGGGGUCAACGCGGUGCCGUCGGCUGUCGGACGACAACGCUGGGGACGGUGAUGACGGUCCCGGUGGAACGACGACGUCGGACCGAAGACGGAGAGGAUGCAGGUGGCCGCCGCACGGUGUCAAAAUGGCGGCCGGGGAGAGAGCGCAAAAAAAAAAAAAAAACGCGUCGUGACGUAGCGAGUACACGUACGGACCGACCGACCGACUGACUGACCGACCUACAGACGGCAGCACGCUGCUAGCCUAGCCGCGGUCGGGGGAAGCAAGCAAGCAAGAUGUUGAUGAGACGCGAACAGAGGAGAAACGGCCAUCAAAUGGAUUGAGGUCACGAUGUCCGCGCGGUAGAAGCUUUUAACCGUGUGGAAGGAUGUUUUUGUGCCCGCUGGUAAAACAUACAAUAUGCUAAAUGGUUCCAUCCCUUAGACGCGUGGGAUGUGUCCAUGGCCUCUAAGGCGCAACAGGAAGUGAUGGUGUUUGACGACGGCGGGGCGGCCAGCCCUGCAGCUGCGCCCGAUGCCGAUUAUCUGCCUCGUCACUUUGGUCACGCGGGCCGGGGCGUACAAGGCUCAAAUGGUUCCAAAGAGGCCACCAUGACGGGCGAAGUUGACAUGCAGUCAGGACCGUCCUGCAGCAAGCGCGCUCCCAGCAAACCUCCCAGAGGGGCUAUCCUGACACCUGAGAGUACUUGCAGAGGCAUCCAAGUAACUCUGGACAACAAUAACAUGUGGAACGAAUUCUUUAGGUGUAAAACUGAGAUGAUACUGACCAAGCAAGGCAGCCGGAUGUUUCCAUAUUGUCGCUUCCGCAUCUCUGGUUUGCAGCCAUCCGAGAAGUAUGUUUUAAUGAUGGACAUUCAGCUGGUAGACCAGAGUCGCUACACGUGGACCGGCAGCAGCUGGCAGAUGGCCGGGAAGGCGGAACAUCACGUGACAAAUUCUCCAUUCACGCACCCCGAAUCGCCUGCCACAGGUCACCACUGGAUGCAGAAUCCCGUUUCGUUUUACAAGCUGAAGCUCACCGGCAACGCAGCCGACCAGGAGGGCAAUGUCAUACUGCACCCAAUGCAUCGCUAUAUUCCGCGUUUUCAUGUGGUCCAGACGGACAAAGCUGCUAAAGACAUUAAGCUGAACGCCUCAAAUGUGGCCACGUUCACAUUUCAACAGACUGAGUUCAUGGCUGUCACUGCCUACCAAAACUGCCAGUUUGCUCAGCUGAAAGUGGACUGCAACCCGUUUGCCAAGGGACUCAGGGAGGAUGGUGUCGGUUCACGAGGCCUAAAGCUAAAGUCCAACCAGGAUGGAGCUGCAGCAACCGGUCCGCAGCAAGCGCCAAAGAAAAGCUUGAAGUCUCUGCUUGCAAAUCACAAAGCUCGUACUUGUCUGGAUACUAAAUCUUCGGGGGUGACUUGCGUCCAAGAAGCGUCCCCUGGAUCUGCACCCAAAGUUGUGAAGAACAGCACCUGCAACUCACAGCCGGCAGAGCAAUUAAUCGGGGACCUCAUUCGAGAGGCGCACAUUUCCUUAACGAGAUGCAGCGUGGACUCUUUCGGCGCCUCAAAAAGACUGACGGAAACCGACACUACAACUACCGCAGGGAAAGCCACAAGCCAAGAUGUUAACAAGUCUCCCAAGUCCCCUCGGGAGCUUCCGCCGCAGGGAACGAGUGGGGCUGUGCAAGGAGCGGUUGUUUCUGAGCCUAAAUGUCAGUCCGAUGUCCAGCAAAUGCCGAGCGUUAAACGGCCCCUUCCUCUGCCGGCCUUGGCUCUGUUCUUGAAAAAACAUUCCACUAAGACCAAGACAGCCAAGAGCAAAUUGGAAUCUUGCGCCACACAAGUUUCCGCAGAGGUUCAAACCGGAACAAGGACCGCUGCGGAUAAUCAGACGAUCAACGCGUUGUCUGGCUCGCAGCCUGAAAAAAACCGGGAUCCUACCCCAAGCGAAUCAGACACAUUGAGCGCAGAUGUCUUGAGGAAAGAACAUAUCUCGAGCCCGUCUUCUAAAGAGACCUUGCCAGAUCCAAAACCGUUAGCGACUUGCGAUCGCGUGCUGGUGCGUUCAGCUCCUGACCCGGCGAAAGCGCUGUUGGCCAAGGUCGGCGAGCCGCUCGCUAACCACAAGACUCGUACUUGUUCAGCUCUUACUACCUCAUCUUUGUCUCCACUGUUGAACACUGAAUUAGACGCUCCCGACGUGCCAACCGCCCUCCCCUCAGUGUCCAAGUCUAGUCAUUUUCUUCCCGACUCUCCCUGUUCACCAUUUGGCUUUGAGUCUCUGUCCCCGGUGAGUUCACCGGAGCCGCUGCCUUCUCUGUCUGUCACCUUUGCAAUGGAUCUGGACACUGGGUCCUCCAAGCCUCCUGAAAGUUCGCCGCUAAGCAAAGAGUCUGGCCCAUCUGUUUUUCAGUGGCAUACAGUGUUGCCUCCUGCGGAGCCCUACGUGGACCCUUCCUUUGAAGUGUUCCAGCCCACAUCGCAGAGUCUUUCACUGGGGUCCCCCUUGUUGCCUUCCGAAACUCCAGCCAACGAUCCAUCCCGCUCUCCUGUCCUGAUCCGUUCCGAUUCCCCAACUGUCGAUCCUCUCAGUUUUCAAGAGAGCGAACAGCCUCUGCCUUUCCCGGGAGAACUGUCUCCCCUCGCACUGCCGUUGACCCUGUCACCAACGUUUUCCUCUUUGGACGGUGGCGCUCUGUCCCCGACGCCUUCCAUUGCGGACUUAGUGCACUUUUUUUCGACGGAGGAGCAUCUCGGAAUGGGAGUGGAGUUUCCGAAUACCGAUUCGCUGACCCCUCCCUGUCCGGCUGAUGUUUCUGGGGAAGCUACCGCAUCGGCUCCUCUUGCGCACGUCCCAACGAUCCCAUCCCCAAAACAAAUGAAGAGCAAAAGGAAGGCUCGGCGGCGAAAACACGCCGUGUCCGAUUUGGAACUGAAGACGGACGACUCUGCCUACAUGACCAUGAAGCCAAACCUGGAAGAAGUUGAGGAGCAGCUCUUUAUCUCGUUCACCUCCAAGGAGGCUCUCAAACUUCAUAUCGCGGAGCCUGAAGAGCAGGAAGCAAACAACCAGCUUGUGUCGUCGCUGGCAGAUGUUCACCUGGAGCAUCCGACCGAAGAUGGCUCCCACGAAGAGACAAUUGCUUCCUUUGAGGAAGUUCUUGUCAAAGACAUGAAGAUGAUGAAGCACCAGCAGAUCAUCCACCCGGUGCUACAGGAGGUUGGACUGAAGAUGAAUUUGCUGGACGCCAGUCUCGCCAUCGACCUGCAAUACUUGGGCGUCCGUCUGCCCAUCCCCCCUCCGGGUGUCACCGUGGAGCCCCCUAGCCAGGAGCUGCCGGCGUUACAGGGUGCUUCUGGAUCGUUUGUGUCCAGAACUGGAAAGGCUACAGAUAUGACGCAGAUUAAAGGUUGGAGAGAAAAAUUCAGCCCAUCGGAAUCUUCAGAGGCUCUUUCGCCUCCCAAGGCCGAAGGUGACCACACUUUCACGCAUGUCUUGUGUGUGCGUUGGUGA